UUAUCUGAACCAAAAUGUAAGAAACAUCAUCAAUGAUCACUGUGAACUGACUCUUCUAGAGACCUAUAAAUUCGAAAGUUUGAAUAGAUGAAAUAUGAACACACAAAACAAUAUCAAAGACCCAAAAAAAAAAAAAGAAAAAAAAGAAAAAAUGGGUUAUCAAAAAGAGCAAAAAAGCCAUGUUAUAGUGCUUCCUUACCCAAGCCAAGGCCAUAUUAACCCUCUUCUUCAAUUUGCAAAGCGUUUAGCCUCUAAAGGUGUCAAGGCCACAAUAGCCACAACCCAUUACACUGUCAACUCAAUCUCAGCACUCAACGUCGGUGUCGAAGCCAUCUCCGACGGAUUCGACACCGGUGGCUUUGCCGAGGCAAAAAGCGAGGACUUGUUCCUCAAAUCCUUCAAAACCAAUGGCUCAAGAACUCUUUAUGAACUCAUACAAAAAUACCAAAAUUCUGACUUCCCUGUUAAUUGUAUAGUCUAUGAUUCAUUCCUACCUUGGGCUCUUGAUGUUUCCAAGCAACAUUCCAUAUAUGGAGCUCCAUUCUUCACCAAUUCCGCCACAGUUUCCGGCAUAUUUUCUCAGAUUCAUCUUGGCCUUGUUUCUCUUCCAGUAAAGCAGGAAGACAUGCCUUUGCUUAUUCAUGGAUUCUCUCCACUCAACUUUCCUGACUUGCCAAGCUUUCUCAAGUUUCCUGAAAGAUACCCAGUUUACUUGGCGAUGAAAAUGAAUCAAUUCUCUAACUUGGAAAUGGCUGACUGGAUAUUUGGAAACACUUUCGAAGAACUAGAAGGACAGGAGGCAAAAGCAGUAUCGAAUCUAUGGCCAGGAAAGUUGAUAGGUCCAAUGGUUCCAUCGGCUUACUUGGAUGGUCGAAUCGACGGUGACAAAGGGUACGGAGCAAGUCUAUGGAAGCCACUCAAUGACGAAUGCCUCAAAUGGCUAGAAACCAAGACCCAGAACUCAGUUGUCUAUGUCUCUUUUGGAAGCAUGGUGUCCUUGACACAGAAGCAAAUGGAAGAAAUUGCGUUUGGCUUACAAGAAAGUAAUUUCCAUUUCCUUUGGGUGGUAAGGGAAUCAGAGAGAGACAAGUUGCCCAACGGGUUUAUAGACUCGGCAAAAGAAAAGGGUCUAAUUGUGGGUUGGUGCAACCAGCUAGAAAUGCUAGCUCAUGAAGCUGUAGGCUGUUUUGUUACACACUGUGGUUGGAACUCGACGCUCGAAGGGCUUAGCCUCGGCGUCCCUAUGGUUGGUAUGCCACAGUGGGCAGACCAGUUUACUGAUGCUAAGUUUGUGGAGGAGAUCUGGGAAGUUGGGGUUAGAGCCAAGGAAGAUGAGAAAGGGAUAGUGAGAAAAGAAGAGCUUGUGUCGUGCUUGAAGAAUGUCAUGGAAGGAAAGAGAAGCCAAGAGAUCAAGAAGAAUUCCAUCAAAUGGAGAGAGAAGGCUAAGGCAGCUGUUAAUGAAGGAGGAAGCUCCGAUAACUGCAUCAAUGAAUUUGUGGAGUUUCUGAUUAGAUCUGAUCGGAAGAAAUCGUUGAACGGUCACAAUUAGACAUUUAAGCUCUUUACCAAUCCUUCUCUUCGUUAUUAGUGUUUUAAGCGUUCGAUGUUUUCGUUUUCUUUUUUUCCUUUUUUGGGUUUCUUUUUUUAUUUUUAUUUAUUUAUUAUUAUUAUUAUGAUUAUUAUUAUUAUUUGCCUUUUUGUUGGUAUUCAA